AUGGAUCACUCCUUCCGCGCUUUCGUUGAGCAGCUCAAAGCAGACAACGACCUUGUCGAGAUCAACGAUGAGGUCGAUCCUUAUCUCGAGGCAGCAGCUAUAACGAGGCUGGUGUGCGAGACCAAUGAUAAAGCUCCGCUCUUCAACAAUGUCAAGGGUCACAACGAUAAAGGGCUCUGGAGAAUCCUUGGUGCGCCUGGGUCUCUUCGACGUUCAAAGGAAGACCGAUAUGGUCGCCUUGCUCGCCACCUUGCACUUCCUCCAACGGCAAGCAUGAAGCAAAUCAUGGACAAGAUGCUUUCUGCGAGUGAGCUGCCACCCAUCGCACCACGAAUCGUUGCAGAUGGACCUACCAAGGAAAAUUCUCUGGUUGGAGACGAAAUCGACCUUACACGUCUUCCAGCGCCGAUGAUCCAUCAAGAAGACGGAGGAAAAUAUAUCCAGACUUAUGGCAUGCAUGUACUGCAGAGCCCUGAUGGGACGUGGACGAAUUGGUCCAUCUCCCGGGCUAUGGUAUAUGAUCGCAACCAUUUAACCGGCCAAGUCGUUCAACCACAGCAUAUUUGGCAAAUAUUUGAGAUGUGGAAGAAAGAGGGGAAGGAUGUUCCGUGGGCACUGUGCUUCGGCGUACCCCCAGCUGCCAUCAUGGCUUCAUCGAUGCCGAUCCCCGAUGGCGUCAGCGAGGCAGACUACGUCGGGGCAGUGACCGGCCGUCCAUUGGAGCUAGUGAAAUGCGACACAAACGACCUAUACGUUCCGGCAAACACUGAGAUUGUGUUCGAGGGUAUCAUAUCUACUACUGAAGUCGUGGACGAGGGCCCGUACGGUGAAAUGCACGGGUAUGUAUUCCCAGGAGUGAAACGCAAGUACCCACUCUACACAGUGAACAAGAUCACCUACCGCAACAACCCGAUUCUGCCCAUGUCUGUCACGGGACGCCUCACCGAUGAGACUCAUACCCUGUGCGGAGCCCUCGCAGCCGCCGAGAUACGCAAGAUAUGUCAGAACGCUGGGCUGCCCAUCACAGACGCCUUCUGCACGUUCGAAUCCAUGGUCACCUGGGUAGCGCUCAAGGUUGACACUCUGAAGCUCAGCCACUUAAAGUGGACACCCAAGGACUUUCAGAAAAAGGUUGGAGAUGCUGUGUUUCAUGAGAAAGCCGGCUUUACUAUUCACCGUCUUAUCCUUGUUGGUGAGGACAUUGACAUAUACGCCGGCGAAGAUGUCAUGUGGGCGUUUUCAACCCGCUGUCGGCCUUUUGACGACGAGACAUUCUUUCAUGAUGUGAGAGGGUUCCCGCUGAUUCCGUAUAUGGGACAUGGAACGGGAUCCCCGGUUCAAGGAGGAAAGGUUGUGUCGGAUGCGCUAAUGCCUUGUGAAUACGCGACUGGAAAGAGUGAUUGGCAGACUGCAGAUUUCAAGAAUUCAUAUCCGAAUGAGGUUAAAGAUGGGGUGCGUAGCAAGUGGACGUCCCUUGGAUUUUCGAGUUUGGGUUAG